UGACUGGAAUUGACACAAUGCGGUUGAUGGACGGAUAUUAGUUUCUACAUUUUUCCCUAUUCCCCUUCCAGUACCUGUUGAAUCCCCGAGGAGGAGAGCAUCGAGGAGGGGAAUAAUCAGAAAUAAUCAGUUUGUGUUACAUCAUCUCAGGGAGAUAUCGCUGUCCAGAAUGUCGAUACUAAAAAAUAUAUUUCAUUUCGUCAAGAAGAAACCGUUGAUCAUUAAUUCUGUUAUCUACGGAUCUUUUUAUACGAGUGCUGAAUUUCUCCAGCAAACGUACAAACAACAAGAACUGAAGAGAGAAAAUCUGUUGCCGUCCAGAAGACUGACUGUAGCUGAAAAUGAAACUCCACUGGUUGUUAUUGGAUCACGAAGAAAUAUUGAAGUGGAUUCAAAUAAAAUAGGAGAAAACCUAGAAGAAAAUGGUUACAACUGGUCUGUCCUGCGGAGAUACAUCGUCUAUGGAUAUUUUUUGGCUGGUCCAAUACUCCAUGGAUGGUAUUUAUGGCUCGAUAAAUUUUUCGUUGGAACAACUGGUGCAGUUGUGAUGAAGAAAUUAUUCUGCGAUCAGUUUAUUCUCACUCCACCCUUGCUCGUGUUAUUUUUCAGUAGUAUGAGCUUGAUGGAGGGAAAAGAUGAGAUUCUGGGAGAGUGUAAAGCAAAAUUCGUCAAAACAUUCCAGACCUCUUGCCUUUACUGGUUACCAGUGCAAUUCGUCAAUUUUCUUAUUAUCCCACCAAAAUAUCGCGUUGUUUUUGUAAGUAUCGCUGCUUUCCUCUGGGUAAAUAUAUUAUGCCACCUCAAAAGAAUGCCUGUCGCCGAACAAUAAUCCUCCAGCUGUAAAAUCCACUGAAGGAUAAUAAUAAAUACAUUCUAUUUCUCACA